AUGGCCGAGAGCCUGCACAGCAGCACGCUGUCGGCGUCGGCGUCGGGCGGAGGGAGCCCGCACAUGUCCGCCUUCCUGACGCUGGAGCAGCGGGCGGCCUUCGUCUUCGUCCUGCUCCUCUUCAUCUUCCUCGGGCUGCUGAUCGUGCGCUGCUUCCGCAUCCUGCUGGACCCCUACAGCAGCAUGCCCUCCUCCACCUGGACGGACUACAUGGAGAAGGACACGUUCGACUACCGCAUCGCCUGA